AACGACACCGAGCCUGCAAUUGGGUGGCUGGAGCCGAAAGGAAGGCGGCAGCUGUCAGUGCAGACAGCGCGUCCGGUUUGGGAGCGCAAAUAGAGAGCGCACGAGAUGGUUCAAGGCUCCCAAGUCCAAGCCAAAACCAAGUGAGAUUGGGAGGAAAACUGACAGAGCAGGAAUCUCUAUAGAUUUCUAACAAGAGAGGAUAUAACCAGGAAAGACUUGGCAAAGGAAAGGAAAGCUCCCACUCCAAGGGGUUGUCUUCUGUCUAGUCUUCUCUUUCUGGAAGCUUACACCCCGGCUUCAUUUCUUCUGCUUGAGCCGGAAAGAUGGGGCAGCAAGCGAGAGAGAGGUGCAGCCGGCGCCCCCGCUUCUGUGCCCCUCUCGCCCCGCUUCUGACCUGAAGACAUGGAAAGGUGGGCUCUCCCUCGCCGUGCCAUGGAGGUGGCUUUGCGCGCCGGAUCCAGCCGGGCGCCUGGCAAGAGCCGGCGGAGGGGCUGCUGCUGAAGGGACGGAAGGGCAGGGAGAUGGGCCACAAUGGGAGCUGGGCGCCUCCCGCCAACGAGAGCCAGCGGGGGAGCUUCCAGGCCGUCGCCCCGGCUUGGAACGCGUCCGAGGCAGCGCGGCGGGGCCCGUGGGGAGACCAGGGGGGCCGGGAAGAGCAGACCUACCGGCAUUUCGCCGUCGUGGUGCAAGUGCUCAUCUUUGUCGGCUCCCUGAUAGGAAACGUUGUGGUCUUGUGGUCCACGUGCAAGAUGUCAAUUUUUAAGUCGGUAACAAACCGCUUUAUUAAGAACUUGGCUUGCUCCGGCAUCUGUGCCAGUCUGGUCUGUGUGCCUUUUGAUAUUGUCCUUAGUGCUAGUCCACACUGCUGUUGGUGGAUUUACACUAUGGUCUUCUGUAAGAUCAUCAAGUUCCUACACAAAGUUUUCUGCUCAGUGACCAUCCUUAGCUUUCCUGCCAUUGCUCUGGAUAGGUACUAUUCAGUGUUAUAUCCACUGGAAAGAAAAAUAUCAGAUGCCAAAUCUCGUGACCUGGUGAUUUACAUCUGGGCUCAUGCAGUGGUGGCCAGCAUUCCUGUAUUUGCUGUGACCAGUGUGUCGGAUAUUUAUGCUAUGUCCACCUGUACUGAACCCUGGAGCUAUUCUAUUGGCCAUUUAAUAUAUGUCAUCAUUUACAACAUUAGCACUGUGAUUUUGCCAGUAGCCAUGGUGUUUCUCUUUAUGAUCCUCAUUCGCAGAGCACUGAGUGCUAGCCAAAAGAAAAAAGUCAUCAUAGCUGCCUUAAGAACCCCACAAAAUACAAUUUCUAUUCCUUACGCCUCUCAGAGAGAAUCUGAACUCCAUGCCAUGCUGCUGUCUAUGGUUAUGGUUUUUAUUUUCUGCAGUGUCCCCUAUAUGACGUUGGUGAUUUACCGCACUGUAUUUGAUGCCUCUGACACUUCUGUCUAUUUGCUUCUCACUGCCAUCUGGCUGCCCAAGAUAUCACUGUUAACCAAUCCUCUGCUCUUCCUGACUGUUAACAAAUCUGUACGUAAGUGUUUGGUGGGGACGAUUGUGCAGUUACAACACAGGUACAGCCGGAGAAACAUUGUCAGCUCUGGAGCUGCAGUAGAUGCCAACCUGGAGCCACAUGUCCGUUCUGGUAGCCAGCUGUUGGAGAUGUUUUAUAUUGGGCAGCAGCAAAUUUUCAAGCCCACAGAGGAUGAAGAAGAAAAUGAGACUAAAUCCAUUGGCUCCAGCAAUUACCAGCAGAAGGAAAUCCCAACCACUAGCUUAGAGGUAGAACACACUGUAGUUCAGAGGACUGCACCACAUGCAGUCGCAGAUUCUGCUGCACAAGUGGCACCAGCGAUGCCAACAGAAACCGAAAUGGCCAAUGAAAAGUACGCCAUGCAACUUGGCUUUGGGCCCUUUGAGCUGCCUCCACAGUGGCUGUCAGAAAACCAGAAUAGUAAGAAACGACUUCUGCCCCCUUUGGGAAAUACUCCAGAGGAGCUCAUCCAGACCAAGCAACCCAAGUGUAAAGCAGACAGAAAAAUCAGUAGGAACAAUAAAGUCAGCAUCUUUCCCAAGGUGGAUUCCUAGAGGGAGAUCUCUAUGGGAUGAGACUGCAGUGCGUUCUCACAUAUAAGUGAUCCUAUGGAUCUUUAUUCGGAUGAAACUAUCUAUUAAAAGCUUAAUUUUUUGGUGCCAAUUUAUGUGAAACAACAUGAAAUGAUUUGGGUUUCAAUACAAAUCUUUAUCUGCAUCUAUCAUUUCCCCCCUUAUAUAUAAGACUAGAUUCUGUUCAGCUUCUAAAGAGGCAUUUUGGGGCUUUCCCGUCCCAAAGGUUGCUUCUUUUCUCUCUCUGUCCUGUUAAUUUUUUUCAGAUUGGUCAAAAGCUGCAAAUGUGUACACAUGCAGAGAGACAUUAUGGCAUAUGCUAUACAGUUAGAGAGCUAUAGGGAAAGGUAGUCAAUAAAUAUGUAGAUCUCUUCCUUGGAGAUCAAUAACUCUUUCUAUUCGUACACACAAAGCACUGAGUAUUUUUCAGAUGGGUAGGUAAACUGCAGACCUCCAGGUGUCGUUGGACUACUAUGCCCAUUAGCUCUUGCCAACAUAGCCAGUGAUCAAGAGUUGUGGAAAUGACACUAAACAGUUAACAAUAUCUAGGACAGCGGUUCUCAACCUUUCUAAUGCCGCAACCUCUUAAUACAGUUCCCCAUGUUGUGGUGACCCCACAACCAUAAAAUUAUUUUUGUUGCUUCUUCAUAACUAAUGUUGCUACUGUUAUGAAUCGUAAUGUAGCUAUCUGAUAUGCAGGAUGUAUUUUCAUUCACUGGACCAGAUUUGGUACAAAUACCUUAUACACCCAAAUUUGAAUACAGGUGGGGUUGGCAGGGGGAUCAAUUUUGUCAUUUGGGAAUUGUAGUUGCUGGGAUUUAUAGUUCACCUACAAGCAAAGAGCAUUCUGAACUCCCAUCAAUAAUGGAAUGGAACCAAACUUAGCGCACAGAACUCCCAUGAUGAACAGAAAGUACUGGAAGGGUUUGGUGGGCAUUGAGUUUGAGUUUGGGAGUUGUAGUUCAUCUACAUCCAGAGAGCACUGUGGUCUCAAACAAUGAUGAAUCUAGACCAAACUUGGCACGAACACUCAAUAUGCCCAAAUGUGAACAUUGGUGGAGUUUGCGGAAAAUAGACCUUGACAUUUGGAAGUUGUAGUUGCUAGAAUUUAUAGUUCACCUACAAUCAAAGAGCCCUUUGAACCUCACCAAUGAUAGAAUUGAGCAAAUUGGGCUUUUGGUGGGAGGAUUUGCCAUCUGUUUCCAAAAAGGAAGAGGAGGACAGGCGGAGAGAUCUUCAGCCUUCUCUGCCAAAGGGGUUCUUACGUAAGACCAUCAGAAAUGUGUGUUUUCUGAUGAUCUUUGACGACCCCUCUGACACCCCCUCGCAACCCCCCAGGGGUCUCGACCCCCAGGUUGAGAAACGUUGAUCUAGAAGGUUAUAUCUUGUCCAGCCUUGCUUUAGGCAAACCAUAUAACUUGUCAAUUUGGGAUGUCUUCUACUGGCCAGGAUUAAACAAACACAGGACAUAUCGAUAUAUCAAAUAUUGUAAGCUCUCCUUUUGUUCCUUCACCUGAAAAUACCCCAUCCCAGAAAGAAAGCCCAUAUAAAUUCAAUCAAUAAGUAAUGAAUAAGGAAAUAAGUAGUUGAAUCUGCCUCAUGCUGUUGAAACAUUUGUUGAAACACAUGCAAAUAAAGCCCUAAAAUACCAUGUUUAUGGAAUAUUUUCACCUGGAGGCUGACAGUUUAGUAGGCUCCAUGAGGCAAAAAUGAUCAGUAGAGCAACAACAACCAGGAGAUAAAAUGCAUAGAAAAUACCUUUUCCUUCCAAACAAUGCCACCUAAGAGAUAGCAGUUUUGGUUUCGAUAAAGCAUGGAUGAAUUAAUUUAAAUGCUGUGAUCACUGUUUCAAAAAGAACCAAUAAUCCUUUGUAUAAAAUAUUUCCUGAGAGAUUUCUGUGAUUCUUUGUACUGAAUAUUUCCUGGGCCUCCCAACUGUUGCACAGCCACUUCCUUAAUGAAAUGGUAUUAUUUUAUCUAGACUAUAUUGCUGUAAAACUGUUGCCACUAUUUGAUUAUCAGUUCUUAAUUAUAACACAUGUAGAAUCUUCUAUAGGAUACAUAUAAGAGAAGCUAUAUAAGCUUCAAACUGCACAUUUCAUUUCUUUAUAAAUAACUUCAAAUGUUAAUUGGGCAUUAUAAACUCUCUAGGUUUUUUGGGCUGUUGGUUUACCAGUCUGGUUUUAGGUUUGCCUAUAAGAUCAGGAAGGGUUUCAAAAUCAGGAUAUCACUAAAAGUUUUUAUCAGUUGGCUUCUAUGGCUUGAUAUCACUUUUAAUUUGUACUAUGUGAUGAAUGAACAAAUAUAUCAUGGAUGUGAUUUGUAAUCUAAAUUUUUGUUUUUAAAUCAAGGAUGCAUGGACAUUAUGCAAAACAAAAUACAAAAGUACAGAAAAAAAUUCCUUAAUAAUAAUUGCUUUGUUUAAAGAAACAAUAUUUUCUGAAAUUUUUGAAAGGAUGCAAGCAGGGAAGAUGCUGUUUUCCUUUUCAAAGACCAAAUGAACCUGGAUAAAAUAUAUGAUGUAGUUUCUCUCCUCAAAGAUGCAGAACUGUACAGCGUCAUGGCCUUGAGCUAAGUCACUGUCAGGACAAAAACAGUUUAAUAUAUAUCAUAGGGAUAAGGAAUUUGUGACCCUCCAGAUCUUAUUGGACCCAGAUAUGCUACCAAUGGAUGGGGGGGGGGGGUGUGAUAGAAAUUGUGGUCCAGCAUCUGGAAGGGCUCAGGUUACUUUCUACAACCUACGUCUUAUAAACAUGUAGCAUAUUAUAAAUACUCCACCUCAUAUUAAUACAUGUAAAUCAUUCCCAAUUAUUUAUGGUAAUCAAGUGUCAAAACUUACUAAAUGGAAGUGUGCUAUCAUAAGUAGUUUAAGUAUUUCUACUUUGCUGUAGGAUUCAAAGACAUAGCUGUGUUAGUCUGGGUCAGUAUGCAAAGGGAUCUUGAAGCACCUUUGAGACUAAGAACUUUAUCAUGCGAGGCAUGAAAACUAGCAUUGCAGCUCAAGUGUGACAUGCACAUGACAUCAUGUGCAUCUCACUACCAGUUUGCUUCCCUUCCUCCAGCCCCCCCCCCCCCCCAUGAUACUCCCACCCCUAACUAUUGACACUGUGUUCACAAAACCUACUGUAGUGCAAUGGGUUCUUUCUGCUUCUGUGCUGGCAUGCUGGCAGUCACACGACAUCAGUGGCAGAUUUCUCCUUUCCCUAACUAUUCCCAGGUUGAUUGAUUUGCUUUGAUAUGUAGGGUCUAUCAAAAUGAUGGAUCCAAUUUCAAAACAGUGCUUUCCCUCAUAUAUAAACAGCCUUUUCCUUGAAAUUGUCAGUACCAAAGAUGAAUGCUUUUUGGCAUUGGUGGAUCAUGCCAAAAUACCGCUGAGGCACAUGCUGCAACCCAAUUAUAGAUUCAUUUUUGCUAAACUGCAGAACACAAAACGCCUGUUGCGGGAUUGCCAAUGACUGAGGUUGUGAAUGACUGAGGCUAGAGGUUGUUUGUACACUGGGAGAGACAUGUAGCAGUAAUCACUUGGAAAUCAAAUCCCCACCCUUUCAAGUGGUAAGGGUUUCAUUCAUGGGUGGAUCAUGGUUGCAGAGAUAUUGCAAUUUCAAAACUGGUCCGUCUUUUUGAAACACCCUGUAUAUUCUCUGGUCUUAAUGUAAUGCUAGCAUUAUACAAUUGUACUAAAAUAAUUUUUAAAAUUAUGAAUCAGCUGAAAGGCAUGUUCAUUCAUAAUGCUGGGUAGGGAUUAGGGAAUAGCGCAGGAGAGCAGAGUUACGAGGGUGUGUGGAAGACUGAUAAAGUCCAAAAUGAUAUGAUUAAGUCCAAAUGGAGAGAAAGAAGUUGAUAGCAUCAACUUUCUUAGACUUAAGUAGCCAUCAUCUGAUGAAGUAAACUCUAGGAAGCUUUAUGCUAUCAACUUCUUCCUCUCAAUCUCAAAGAUUCUACAAGGUUCAAUUGCAUAGUUUGCUGUAGUUUAUAUUCUUCCCUCGUAUACAUCAUGGAUGUAUUAAUUAAUUAUUAAUUGUUGUUGUGUGCCUUCUUGUCAUUUCCAAUUUAUGGCGAACCUAUAAUGGGGUUUUCUAAUUACUGCACUUUAUAUCAACCAAGAGUCCGGUUUAUAUUCCCUCACUUAUUCAUUUGCAAGCUUUCUUUUUCGAAAAAGUGGUCAUUGCAUUUCCUAAAAAAGCACAGCUGUCCAUCCUCCCACAUUUGAGUAGAUUUUUAUGUGCUUGUUGAGUCACUGGCUACGAGCCUGUCUUUUUUACUACUGCACUUUUCUUUUUAAAAAGUUUUUUUUUCUGGAGAACAAACAACUUUGCCAUGUUUACAAUAAACACUGAUAUCAGAACAACAUAAUUUUUAAAGCAAGAAAAAGAAUCAGCCUAAGCAGUGCUUAUGGGACAGAGGCAUUCUUCAUUUAAGGAUUUCUAAAGCUUAAGAGGAAUUUAGCGAUUCUAAGGGAAAUACCAGUUAUUUCUACAUGUUACUGAUAACAAACUUUGCAAUAAAAUAUGUAGUUUAUUA